CAUUUUCAUUCACACAUUGUAAGCCACCCUAAUGAGUGCAACAUUUUGAAAGCCGGAUGAAGAGAAAAGCAGAAAAACAAAUAAAAGAGGGGAAACGUGAGUGCAAAUUAGCUGGGUGGGGCCAAUACUGCUGAGUGAGCCUGAUCUCUGUUCAUUCUCUUGGCUCGCAGUCAGUGCGUGUGCCCACUAUGGGAUCAUGGUCAGGAUGGCAGCAUGGGCAGAGCAGGGCAGCGUGUGCCAGUGUGCCAGGGACAGAGGGGCAAGCCUAUUGAGAAGCAGUGUGAUGGACACAAUGGGUGAGACAGACUUGCUGCAUCAACAGGCUUUUUGCUGCUGUGGCCAGAAAUAAACCAUAAAUACCCCCGCUGGCCUCCAACGAUCGCUCGCCCGGCCUCCACAGUCACCCGCACCCUCAACACCGAGACGGACAAGAAACAGAGAAAAGAAAAAGGAAAGACUGAGAGCGUGGCAUUUACGUGGUGCAGUGAAGCACAAGCCAUCCAGAAGCAAAAUGACAGACCAGCAAGGGAACCCAGACCAGCUGCCUGCAGACAAGGGCCAAGGAGGGGCCGGAGCCACGUACAAGUUGGCGGUUUUUGAGUUUGAGAACUUUCGUGGAAAGAAGUUGGAGCUGUCCAGUGAAUGCAAAGAUGUGUUGGAGAAGACGCAGAAAAUUGGCUCGGUCAUUGUGGAGUCUGGACCGUGGGUGGGGUUUGAGCGUCCGGGUUUUGCAGGAGAGCAGUUUGUGCUGGAGAAAGGAGAGUAUCCUCGUUGGAGCACCUGGACCAACUGCCUGAGUAUCUACAGCCUGAGCUCAUUCAGGCCCCUGAAAGUGGACAGUGCAGAUCACAAGCUGCACCUGUUUGAAAAUGCAGGCUUUGAAAAUAGAAAGAUGGAGAUUGUUGAUGAUGACGUCCCCAGUCUCUGGGCUUAUGGUUUCCAAGACCGCGUGGCCAGUGCCAAGGCUAUCAGUGGAACGUGGGUAGGAUACAUGUAUCCAGGCUACAGAGGAAGCCAGUAUGUGUUUGAGCAUGGAGAGUUCAAGCACUGGAACGAUUGGGGAGCCACUGCACCUCAGAUCCAGUCCGUCCGACGUGUGCGGGACAUGCAGUGGCACAAGAGAGGGUGCUAUAUUGCCCCCGCCCCUACACCUCCCAAUCCCAAUCCCAAUCCCGCUCCCAACCCAGCUCCCAACCCAACUCCCAAUCCCAAACCUACUCCCAAUCCUAACCCUGCUCCCAACCCCAAAUCCAAAACUCAACCAUAACAUUAACACCAGCACCUCCUGGGGCAGGCUAAAGGCCCCGGUCUCUUCACUACGCAAACUGUUAGUAUAGAAUAUUUGACCCUGAAAUUUUGAAAAACUUUGACUGACAAAAAAUGAAACAUGUGUUGAAAAUAAAAGGUUUUGGCACUGA